AAGGGAUAGAGGGAGAAGGCAGAAGGUUGGGGCUGAGAGGAAAAUUGGAUUUGCCAUGAUGAAAUGGUGGUGUAGACUCACUGGGCCAAGUGGCUUAAUUCUGCUCCUAUAUCUUGUGGUCUUAACUUGUUGACAACAACCCAGCUUCAAUCAGUACAGGCAGUACAUUCCAGGUACUUAACAUCCUAUAGGUGAAGAAACUCCCCCUCAGAUCUCUUCUAAAUCUCUUCCCCCUUAUCUAAACCUAUGGUCUCUAGUUUUAUUUAUCUCUAAUAUGAACUGCCUUGCAAUAUACCGUCUGUACACUACGCAAUUUUAUUUACUUCAAUCAUAUCUUCUCUUAAUCUUCUCUGCUCCAGGGAGAACGGACUGAGCUUCUCCAGUCUAAUUCCAAGUAACAACAUGGUGAAUCUUCAUUACACCCUCUCCAUAUGAUCACAUCCUUCCUUAAUGACCAGAACAGCAUGCAGUGCUCCAUCUGAGAUAUGACCAAGGUUUUUAAAAUUUAGAACUUAAUCUCCAUACCUCUGUAUUCAGUGUCCUGACUAACAGAAGAUAGAUAGGUACUUCAUCGAUCCCAAAGGAAAUUACAGUGUCACAGUGGCAUUACAAGCACACAGAUAUACAAAUAUUAAAAGGGAAGUAAGAAACAAGAAAAAGUAAGUACCUCUAACAUUCUAACUGGAGGAGGCCUUCACUUCCCUGGCUAUAGGUUGAAUUAUUAUAGAGUCUAACGGCUGAGGGUAAGAAACAGUUGUCUUAGUCUUUUACUAAAAGUGCUCCUCUGUUCAGCCAAGAAACAUUUUUCAGAAUUACCAGGAUUUUCCAUAGGGUCAUUUGUUCUACCACAGCCUCCAAUGUGUCCAGUUUGACUCCUAUAACAGAGACAGCCUUCUAAUCAAUUUAUUGAGCCUGCUGGCAUCACCCAUGUUGAUGCUAUUGCCCCAGCACAUCACCACAUAGAAGACUGUAUUGGCGACAGCAGACUGGUAGAACAUGUGAAGGAGAGGCCUGCAUACUCCAAAGGACCUCAGACUCCUUGGGAAGUAAAGGUGACUCUGGACCUUUCUUGUAUACAGCCUCUGUGUUGGUGCUCCAAUCAAGUCUGUCAUCCAGAUGUACCCCUCACUUGUAGCACCUCACCACAUCCAUGUCCUCCCCAUCAAUACUAACAGGGAGCAAUGCAGGCUUAGUCUCCUUCACCAUCUCCUUUGUCUUACUGAUGUUGAGCUGCAGAUGAUUAAGUUUGCACAAUUUGACAGUCCUCCACCAGGGCCCUGUAUUCAUCUUCCCAUCCUUCCUUUAUAUUUGCAGAUGUCAUGACUCAGUAUUGUAUCUAAAAUCUGAGAUAUACAGGGUAAACAGGAAGUUAUCCAAUGCAGUCCACUGUAUGGCCCCAGUGCUGCUUAUAGCCAUGUCUGACACAACUCUGAAGCUGCACAAUCUAUGGUCUGCCAGUCAGUCCAUUAUCCAGGAUGCAAUGGAAGUGCCCACUUGCAUUGAAUGAAGCUUUUCCCUCAGCAAUGAGGGCUGCAUGGUAUUGGAGGCUCUUGAGAAAUCAAAAACAUGAUCCUCACAGUGCUGCCCUGCUUAUCCAAACGGCAGUUGGCUCAGUUCCACAGGUAGAUGACAGCAUCAUCGACUAAGGUAACAUGCUUUUCAAGCCAUGUUAUCAACAUUUGUUGCCACCUUCAAAAGUCUAUGAACUUGAACUCCAGGUCCUUUUGUUCCAUUCACAAUGUAUGUCCUAGCCUCAGUGGUAGCCACAAACUAUCUUCUCUCAUUUGUCAAGAUUAAAUUCCAUCAUCCAUUCACCCCCACCCCCAUGUCACCAUAACCAAAAUAUGGAUAUCCUUCUCUGUCUCACAUCGCUUAAAGAUAAUGCUUUAAAAUGUUACUUAAAAGUUUUUUUGUUUUAGUUUUUGCUUUCUAUGUAUUGCAUGCCAAUAUAACCUGAAGAGAAUGCCUUGAGGUAGACAUGGACCAAAAUGAUAUUAAUAUUUUAGAAACCAGUUUGAGAGUCAGGCAGCUAAAGAAACCACAAGGAGAAAAAGCUGGAAAUUUUCAACAGGUCAGGCAGCAGCUGUGGAACAGGGAAGUUAAUGUCUCAGUUUGAUGACCUUUCAUUAAAAAGGUUCCAAUGGAAGAUCAUUGAUGAAAUAAAUUCUGUUUCUUGACUGAUGUAACGUGAGUAAUUCCAGCAUCUUCUAUUUUUGUAAACACGAGAUUCUGCAGAUGCUGGAAGUCCAAAGCGACCAUACCUCUUCCCACUCUCUAUCCUGUAAAAAUACCACUCCCUUUUCUGAGCUCCUUCAUCUCUGCCUCAUCUGUUCCCAAGAUGAGGCAUUUGACAAGGUACCCCAUGCAAGGCUUAUUGAGAAAGUAAGGAGGCAUGAGAUCCAAAGGCACAUUGCUUUGUGGAUCCAGAAUUGGCUUGCCCACAGAAGGCAAAGAGUGGUUGUAGACAGGUCAUACUCUGCAUGGAAAUCUGUCACCAGUGGAGUGCCUCAGGGAUCUGUUAUGGGACCCAUUCUCUUCAAGAUUUUUAUAAAUGACCUGGAUGAAGGAGUGGAGGGAUAGGUUAGUAAAUUUACUAAUGACAAAAAGAUUGGGGUGUUGUGGAUAGUGUAGAGGGCUGUCAGAGGUUACAGCGGGACAUUGAUAAGAUGCAAAAUUGGGUUGAGAAGUGGCAGUUGGAGUUCAACCCAGAUAAGUGUGAAAUGGUUCAUUUUGGUAGGUCAAAUAUGAUGGCAGAAUAUAGUAUUAAUGGUAAGACUGUUGGCAGUGUGGAGGAUCAGAUGGAUCUAGGGGUCUGAGUACAGAGGACACUCAAGGCUGCUGGCGCAGGUUGACUCUGUGGUUAAGAAAGCAUACGAUGCAUUGGCUUUCAUCAAGUGUGGGAUUGAGUUUAGGAGCCGAGAGGUAAUGUUGCAGCUAUAUAGGACCCUGGUCAGACCGCACUUGGAGUACUGUGCUCAGUUCUGGUCACCUCACUACAGGAAGGAUGUGGAAACUUUAGAAAGGGUGCAGAGGAGAUUUACAAGGAUGUUGCCUGGAUAGGGGAGCAUGCCUUCUGAGAAUAGGGUGAGUGGACUUGGCCUUUUCUCCUUGGAGUGACAGAGGAUGAGAGGUGACCUGAUAGAGGUGUAUAAGAUGAUGAGAGGCAUUGAUCGUGUGGAUAGUCAGAGACUUUUUCCCAAGGCUGAAAUGGCUACCACUAGAGGGCACAGUUUUAAGGUGCUUGAAAGUAGGUGCAGAGGAGAUGUCAGGGGUAAGUUUUUUAACAUAGAGAGUGAUGAGUGUGUGGAAUGGGCUGCCGGCAAUGGUGGUGGAGUCAGAUAUGAUAGGAUCUUUUAAGAGACUCCUGGACAGGUACGUGGAGCGCAGAAAAAUAGAGGGCUUUGAGUAACCCUAGGUGAAGAAAUGUUCGGCACUGCUUUGUGGGCCAAAGGGCUUGUAUUGUGUCAUAGGUUUUCUAUGUUUCCUCUGCAGGACAUCAGAGGUGUCCCCCUUCUUCAAAGGCUGGGGUUUCCCUUCCUCCACCAUUGAUUCUGCCCUCGUCUGCACUCACACCAUCUUCCUACCCCCUUAACAGGGAUAGAGCUCCUCUUGUCCUCACGCCAUCCCAUUAGCCUCCACACCCAACACACCGUUAUCCGCAACUUACAUCUUCAAUGGGACAGUGCCACCAACCAUACCUUUACCUCACCCCCACCUCCCAUUUUCCACAGGAAUCAUUCUGUCCUUGAUUCUCUUGCCCAAUUGUCUCCCCCCACUAUUCUCCUCUUGGCACUUACCCCUGUAAGUGGCAGAAGUGUUAUACCUGCUUAUUCACCUCUUCCCUCAUCUCAGCUCAGGGCCCUAAACAGUCCUUUCGAUGGAGACAGCAGUUCACCUAUGAAUCUGUUGGGUUGUCUAUUGUAUUCAGUGCUCCUCUACAUUGAUGAAACCCAACAAAUUGGGGGAGCACUUUGUUGAGCACCUCUGCUCCAAGCACAAUAAGCAGGAUUUCCCUGUUGCCAACCAUUUUAAUUCCUAUCUCCAUUCCCAUUCUGAUAUGUCAGUCCAUGGCCUCCUCUUCUGCCACAAUGAGGCCACAAUCAGGCUGAAGGAUAUUCUGUUUGGGUAGCUUCCAAUCUGAUGCCAUGAACAUUAAUUUCUGCAGCUUCUGGUAAUUGACUCCUGCCCCCUUGCCUUUUCUUUAAUUCCCCACUCUGGCCUUUAGUCUCUACUCCUCACCUGCCUAUCACCUCCUGCUGGUGCCUUCCUCCUUCCCUUUACCCCAUGGUCCACUACCCUCUCCUAUCGGAUUCCUUCUUCUCCAUCCCUUUACCUUUCCCACCCAUGGCCUCCUAGCUUUUUACUUCAGACGCUCUUCCCCACCCACCUGACUUCAGCUAUCAACUUUUAGUUUAUCGUCCUCCCUCCCCCACCCCCACCCGUCACCUUCCUUUCCAGUUCUGAAGAAGGGUUUCGCCUGAAACGUCAACUGGCUAUUUUUAUUUCCAUAAAUGCUGCCUGACCUCCUAAGUUCUUCCUACUUUUUGUGUGCUGUUUUUCUAUUUUUACUUCAGAUUUCCAGAAUCCCUAGCACGUUUCUUUUGAUUUAAUAUUCACAGAGUACCUAAAAGCUUUAGUUGUGAAACACUUGACCAAAAGUCUGCCUCGUUCCUGUUUAAGCUGCCUAGUGGAGUUUGCAAUCCAGUCUAAAAUUAUACUUAGCUUUCAUCCUGCCUUUGACGUUGUGCAGCGUGUCCAGAAAUAAAAAUCAAUAGAAAUGCUUCCUUGGAUUACUGUAAAAUGGCACAGACUGACAGUACCAGCAGGUAGACAGCAAAAGUGAAACAAUUUGGCAGAAAGAAUGAGAGGGAAUAUAGAUGAAUUCAUACAAAGUGCUGGAAGAACUCAGCAGGCCAGGCAGCAUCUAAGGAAAGGAGUACUGGCGACUUAGAGACCCCUCACUGAGAUUUAACGUACUUGUAUCUGUGUGUAUACAGAAGAGGCAGGUGAUGUUGAGAUAGUGGUAAGUAGAGCUUUGGGUUUCAGAAAUAAAGGCACAGACUACAAAAUGAGUGAUACUGAAUUUUAUUAAAGUCUGAUUAAAUGGCAAAUACGAUUUUGCUUUCAUUUCUGGUUUAGACGCUUCAAAAAGCAAGUGAGUGCUAGAAAGCAGGAGGAACAGAUUUACUAGAAUGGUCAGCAAAAUGGGAAGCUGCGGCUGUUCACGUUGGAGCAAAGAAGAUUAAGAAAAGGUUUGAUAGAGGAUAAAUUAAGUUCCAUGCAAGAAAACUGUACCGUUAACAAACGGUUGCUUGGUCUGGAGGUACGGGUUUAAAAUCCGAGAACAAACAGGGUAAAGCUCGGUCUCCUGCCUGUAGCGGUGCUGGAAGCAGGUUCAUCAGGGCCGUAGAGAGAGAGACAGUAGGUGAUGUGGCUCUGGGGAAAGGCCUGGGGUUUUCAUGAUCUCUCCUCCAGGAGCUAAUGAGCACACGUAACAGUCGGAUUUCACCACUACCUCUGAGAAGUUCAAUGUCAGCAAAUGGACAGCCCGCCAUUGUUACGAAAGGAAUAUUAAGGUUAAGUUAGGAAAUUUCCCAGGUAAUUGAAGCAGAGUCAAAAGAGAUGAUAGUGGUUUGAUACGGGAACCUACAGCAAAGGGAAAAGGCGGCGUGCUAUUAAUUUGCUGGCUCUGCUGAAGAAUCUGCGCGGGCAAUCCGAGUCAAAUGGCCUUCGAGAUUCUGAGAAAUAAAAGCGAAGCGGAGGCAAUGCACGGCGUAGCUCAAAAACGCGUUCUAUACGGAUACAGGUCUUUCUACCCAGCUGGUCCAUACCGACCGAGAUAUCCUAUCCAGGAUAAUGUAGCCCAGUAUAAUUAUGCGCGCGUCAGAAAACAACACAGAAAUCUGAAGAGAGCAGAUUAUGAAGUCCAGAUCUUCAUUUUCAUCUGUUGAUCCACAAGCUGCGACGACAGGUUAGCAAAUGUGUCAAAAUAGUUUAUCGAUUAAAAGGACGGUGAUUGUAACCUCUAUAUAACGAGUAAGGAAGUACUCGUUUCUAAUCAUGGAAUUUCCGGAUUUCAAUCGAGUGCAAAAACAUUGAUUCAUGUCACAGAUUUCAUUCUCUUCCGUCGUCUGGUUUGAAGUCGGAUAUUGUGUUGGACGCAUUUCUCUGGCAUAUUGAUGAUUCCUUAUCUUUUAGUAACGCUACGUUGAUGAAGCAUAAACGGAAGGAAGUUUCGCAUUUACAGCCCUUUGCAUUACAUCGACGUUUUGUAAAAAUGACAGAGCUGUAGGUACGAAGGGAUACUACAACCAUGUCCAAUUUCUUACAGAAUCAGUUUCUAGCGCGCCUCCCAGGGUGCCUGUAAUCAGCAAUAAAAGACAACACGACUCAGAUCUUUGACUAACGGCCCCGUUUAGUGUUUUGAUCCCGAAAAGAAUGUACUCAGCUAAAGGAGAUAACAUACUUUCAAGAGGGCAGAUUAUUUUCAGCACCUGACGAAGACGUGUUUUAUUUUCGUCUAAACGUCGAACAGUUCGCAUAAAUGUUAAGGGUUCAGGCUUUUGAGAGUGGUGAUUGAAUUCGGCAUUAAUCAACUGGCAGAACACACACAAGACCGGUGAAGGGUCUCGGCCCGAAACAUCGACCGUUCAUUACCCUCCAUAGAAGCCAGCUGACUUUGAGUUCUUCCAGCAUUCUGCACAUAUUGCUCCAGAUUUAUAGCACCUGCAGUUUCACGAUGUCUCCAACUUGACUGACGGCCUCCCCCCCUCCCCGAGCGGUGACUCACCAUUAAUCGUGCAGUGGCGAAAAGAAAUGUAAAAUAAAAACACUCACUUAAUUAAGUAAAUGGGAAGCUGCAUUUGUGACUGGUUUCCAUGCGUCAACUCCCGGGAUCAUUCACAUUUGACUUUGCAGCAUUUUGAAUGGUGGUCAUUAAUAAAGUGUUCAGUUGAUCAGUUUCAGCCCCGGUCCUGUAAAUGCUCCCGCCUCCGCCUUUAGUUAAAUGAAUGGAACCGUAGGGUGGGCGGUGCUUCAGCCGGAGUGUCUGUGGCAGUUGGUACCCAAAGGCUAACCCAUUGGUUUCACAUCUGAAGCACCAUGCACCUCUGCAAGGGCAGGACGCUCGGUAUCUCGGUGGCUGUUGCCCACGGAGUGUUUUCGGGAUCCUUGAACAUUCUGCUGAAGAUUCUUAUUUCUCGGCACAAUUUCAUCUUUUUGACGCUGGUGCAGUUUCUGACGAGCAGCACCGCCGCUCUGACACUAGAGAUCCUGAGGAGGCUGAGUAAAAUAGACGUUCCGCCUUAUAGUUUCAGUCUGGCCAAGGUCUUCGCCAGCGUCACGCUGCUGUCCACUCUGCAGUCCUGUUUGACUCUUUGGUCGCUCCGAGGCCUCAGUCUUCCCAUGUACGUCGUUUUCAAGCGCUGUCUACCUCUCGUUACCUUAAUCAUAGGAGUUUUCCUGCUCAAGAACGGCACCCCCUCGAUCGGUGUCGGUGUAGCGGUGCUGCUCACCACCUGCGGAGCCGCGCUGGCAGGGGCUGGUGAUCUUUCCGGGGAGCCAAUCGGCUACGUGACCGGGGUAUUCGCAGUGCUGGUACACGCCGCUUAUCUGGUGGUGAUUCAAAAGAAGGGCAGCGAGCAUUCCUACGGCCCGCUGACUGCCCAGUAUACCAUCGCCGUCACCGCCUCGCCAAUACUGCUGAUCUGCAGCCUCGCCAGCCUGGAUGUGGUCAAUGUCUGGUCGUACCCGGGCUGGCUGGACCCCGCAGUCUGCUGCACCUUCGUCUCCUGCAUCCUGAUCGGCUGCCUCAUGAACUUCACCACCCUGCACUGCACAUACAUCAACUCGGCGGUCACCACCAGCUUCGUGGGCGUGGUCAAAAGUGUGGCCACCAUCACGGUGGGUAUGCUGGCUUUCAAAGACGUGGUGCCAACCUCCCUGUUCAUCGCCGGCGUGGUGGUGAACACAGUGGGCUCGGUCACCUACUGCAUGGCCAAAUAUUUCGACACGAGGCAGCAGGCCAAGUACGAUGACCUGGAAGAACUGACCAAAGAGGAGGAGGAAGGACAGACUGAAUCUCCCAGCGUUGCUCCCCAAGCGCUUGAACUGCAGGAAGUUCCCAGCGCCGAGUCUGAGGGGAGUGGAAUCGGACCCAUAGAACCGCAGGCGCCCCACAACAAUGCACUGACAGAAAACUACGUCGGUGUGUGGAGGUUGUUAAGACAGCUUACGGUUUCCGGGAAAGACCCCGCAGCUCAGGACUCCCAGUAAAUCAUCGAAACCUCACUCUUCGUUGCCUUGUGAAGGACCAGUGGUAUCUAUUAUUCGGGGUGCCGGCGUUACCUCCGUCUUACCAACUGACAGAGCAACGUGGACCAAAUGCCAGGAACAGAUUACCAACAUCCUGUGCUAUUAUUUCUCAGAUGCGAGGCGAAAACCAGACGUAAAUCUCAAUUACACUCGGAAGAAUUAUCGUUAUGAUUAUGCGGAUACUGUAUUUA